AUGCUGCGUCGCCCGCCCACGGCCCUGUCGAUCACCAAAGACGACGUGGACGAGAUGCGUCAAGUCACAUGGACACAGGAAAAGGAGCGGCCAGCCGGCCGCGGCUCGCCGCGGCCGGCGCCUGAGCGGGCUGAGGGCGCCGCACGGCUGCGUGGCCCCGCGCCGCCCUCGCUACGGCCGUAUCACAAGCCGCGCGACGACUUUCAGUUCGUUAUGUCGUCGCCGAAUCUGCAUGCGUCGCGGUCUGGAGGCGCCCCCGGUCUGGAGGGCACGGCGUCCUUGGAGCUGCCCCGCUCGACGAACCGGUACUUGUCGGCGGAUGCGGAUGCGGCUCUAGCGCUCAAGUCGGAUCGCACCACCGUGGGAGCAAUGGUGACUGGCAUGCUGGUGAGUGGGGCGCUGCAGUAUACCAGCACGUGUUUGGCGAUGCCCUUCGAGGUCGGCAAGCUGCUCCUGCAGGUGCAGUGGGUGCCGCGCGAGGACGUAUGGGCGAGGCUGCACGAGCCGUCGUCGGUGCGGCGCCGUACGAGCUGGUUCAGCUCGUCGACCGCGGAGCAUGAGGACCCGUGGGGCGACGAGCCCGAGAAGACGAGCUCGCCGUGGGAGGACGACGACGAGCCUGGCAAGUACUUCCGCGAUGCGGACUUGCCGAGCGUGGGCGGCGCGGAAGAACCUGUGCGGCGCGUCGACUCGGGCGGCUAUGUCGUGCCGCGUCACCGGCACGAUGACGGGGCGCGCCCCGAAUUUGUUAUGCCGCCUGUGGUCGAGGGGGGCGUGUGGGAGAUGAUCAAGGCCGUUGCGCGCGGCAAGGAGGGAUGGCUCGGCCUCUGGAAAGGCGCACUGACGACGUUUGUGCUGGACCUCGCGACGUCCACGCUGCAGCCGCUGAUCUCGGGCCUCUUGUCGAUUUUUGCACCGACCGCGCUGAAUCCCAUGCCGAUUGCAUUCUCGCCGCAGCCGAUCACGACGCUGACCCUGCUCAUGACAUCGCACCUCGUCACAGGCAUUUUGGUGUCGCCACUGGACCUCGUGCGCACGCGCCUUAUUGCGCAGUCGACGCUCCCCCAGCACCGCAAGUAUACGGGCCCCCUCGAUGCGCUGCGCACUAUCUUGCGGGAGGAGGGCGGCUGGCGGACGACGUACCUGCACCCCGCGCUGCUGCUUCCCACUGUACUCGACUAUGUGUUCCGCCCGCUUUGUGCGCUCGGCGCCCCGCUGCUGAUCGAGAACGUGCUGCACCUUGACCCUAGUGCCGUGCCCAUCUCAUAUGCGCUCGCCGAGCUGGUGCUCUCUACACUAUCGCUCUCGCUCACGCUGCCGAUCGAAACGGUGCGCCGGCGCCUGCAGCUGCAAUACCACGAGCCUUUGCGCCCAGAUCGCCUGGGCGGAGUUCUGUCCGUGCCGAACGCCAACACCGCGCGGCGGGGCCUCCGGGCCUGUGUCGAGACGCGGCCGGUGCCUUAUAGCGGCGUGGCGGAGGCCGUGUACCGCAUCGUCUCGGAGGAAACGUCGGUGGUGCCGCGGCGCAAGGACCAGGACUCGGAGGGGAGCGUCGACGAGGCAGCGACGAUUGCGCGCGGCGGCUACAGCCGACUCGGCGGCCUACGGAGCCUGUACCGUGGCUUUGGUAUGGGCUUCUUUGCAAACCUGCUUGUCUUUGUGUUGACGCUCGUGACCGGCGAGCGCCAGGGGCAAUCGGGCUGGACGGAAAUCUAG